AUGGCUGCCUUUCCCUGCAUGACCAUAUUUUUCCUGGUAUCCUCCACUUUGGCACAGACUGUUUUUUCAGAUCCAGAUCCAUUUGAAUCAGUAACUUCAGUGAGUGAAAUCAAACUCCAUGGAGAACUGUUUCUUUUAACCUAUUGUGUCUGUACUUUAUUUUCAGAAAUCUUCAAACCACAUGACUAUUCUAAAUGGCCUAUGCCCCCAUGUAAAAUGUACUACCCACUGGAUCCUCUUUAUGACGCAAACUGUCCUGAGGUGACAGCAUAUGUUUGUGCUACAAAUGGCCACACUUACAAGAAUGAGUGUUUCCUCUGUGUUGAUCAGUGGGAAUUCGGUCCUCAUAUUAAAUUUGAUAAAUAUGGAAAAUGUGAUUAA